AUGAAAUACCUUGAUGGUUCCUACCCUUGUCUUCCAAAAUACACAAAUGCAAGGAGUCAGCUGAAUGGGAUUGAAAAUUCACUAUACACAGACUGGAUUGAUGAAGAUUCUUCCAUUAUGAUGUGGCUUCACUCCACCAUCUCGGACUCUGUCAUUCCCUACUUUUCAAGAGCAACAACUUCUCAUGAGCUUUGGGUCAGCAUUGAAGAGCGAUUUGCAAGAGCUUCUUCCACUCACAACAUUCAAUUGCGUACAAAACUGCUCUCUAUCACUCAAGGUAACAAACCUAUAUCUACCUUAAUCAAUGAAAUCAAAUCACUCUCUGAUCAAUUAGCUGCUGCUGGUGAGGUCAUUUCUGACAAGGAAUUAGUAGUGAUUACACUAAUAGCUUUGAAUGCUGAUUACAUACCCUUUGAUACUUCUAUGAGACAUCUAAAUCCUCCUAUUACUAGUAUUGAAUUGCACAACAAUCUGCUCAGUGAAGAAGCUGUUGUCAAUGAAAGAGAAGCUACACUUAAACUUGAGACUGAUACAAAAGCUUUCAUGGCAAAUAGUGGCAGACCUGCAUAUAGAGGUUCUUAUAAUAACUCUAGAGGUAACUUUAGAGGCAGAGGUUAUAGUGGUGGUCGUUAUCCAAAUCCUGCAAUCUUUCACAGGCCAAAUCCUGGUAGAGGAUACACUCCACCUGUAAAACAAGCUUGUCAACUCUGUCUUGGAGAAAAUCAUCUGGCACCAAAUUGCACACAACGACUCAAUUUCUCCUGCAAGGGAAGACCACCCCCAUCCAACUUAAGUGCAAUGUUAGAUGCUGCUGACAUCUUUGACACAGAAGAAUGA